UGAUGUAAAGGGAUCAAGUCCUACAACUCUGCAGUAUGCCUUUGCAGUCUUUCCAAUACGAGGAGGCACUGAAAUAACUGCUACCCCCAGAAGACUGCUAUUAAAAACAAGGAGGUCCCUACCCACUGCAGCCCAAGCAGAUUCCUAUCCAUCAUGACUGCCAUACGACUACGUGAAUUUGUUGACCGUCGCCCAGGGAUUCCACCCAGUCACUUCAUUGUUCACAGAGGAAAGGAUGUCCAAGGCUACUACCAUGGGCAACUGGCAAGAGUUCAUUAUGAUGAUAGUGUGAAGAAAACACCCAGACCACUCAUAGACUUGGCAAUUCCAACCGAGAGAAAAACUCCGUAUCAGCCUCAAUUAGACCAACAAACGCUCAUUCGAUAUAUUUGUUUUAAAAGUCGUUCGAAGCCUGUCGACUCGUGGUAUAAGGAAACCACUUACCAGAGAAGCUAUUCUCUGCCAUUUUAUGACAUUGGUUGGGACCAGAAAUUAGCCACCAUUUCACUGAAUCCUAGACCACUGAAUUCAGUGCCAGAGUUCUACUGUUAUGAAGACAACAGUGACUUCGAAAGAUACUUUUAAACUAAAAUAACCCUGGCCUUGGAACAAAAUAACUUCCAACAUUCUUAGAAGACUCUUGAAAUAAACUGAUGGUAGAACUAUUUUUAA